AUGGGUUUUUGGAAGUUUUUAACUGGUAGCAUGGAGCUGUCUUUGCUGCUGCUGCUGGUGCUGGCCCCUCUGUGUGCCCUCACUGCCCAGGACAGAGCUCACAAACCUGGACAUGUCUCUGUGGUCAUCUUGGGGGGAACUGGAGAUCUGGCGCGGAAGUAUCUCUGGCAAGGCUUUUUCGAACUCUACAUAAACCAAAUCAACAGCGGACACAGUUUCUCCUUCUACGGCGGAGGACUGUCACCCGUCAACAAGUCCACUCCCAUACUUUUUGAGGUUAUAAAGGCCCUGAAGUGCUCGAAAGACGUCUCUCAAGAACGCUGUGCAAUACUCAGAGAACAAUUUCUGCGAAUUUCAAAAUACAAGCAGCUUAAAACUCUGGAAGAAUACAAAGACCUAUCCAAAAGCAUUGAAAAACAGCUGAAACAAGAAGGUAUGAAGGAAGCUGGGAGGCUUUUCUACCUCUCAGUGCCAGCUUUUGCUUACGCAGAGAUUGCAGACAGGAUCAACAGUAGCUGUAGGCCGCCAAAUGGGGCGUGGCUGCGAGUGGUGCUGGAGAAACCCUUUGGACACGAUUUUAAAAGUGCACAAGUGCUGGCCACGCAACUGGGAAGCUCGCUGAAGGAUGAGGAGAUGUACAGAAUUGACCACUACUUGGGAAAACAGGUGGUGGCUAACAUUCUUCAGUUCAGGAUGCAAAACAAGAAGCACCUCGACCCUCUCUGGAACAAACACUUCAUCGAGAGAGUGGAGAUCGUUUUAAAAGAGACUCUUGAUGUUAAAGGUCGCAUUGCCUUUUACGACGAGUACGGCGUGAUCCGGGACGUGCUGCAGAACCACCUCACAGAAGUCCUGACUCUGUUGACCAUGAAGCUGCCCCGCGACCUCAGCGACAGCCAGGAGGUGCUCACCAACAAACUCCACAUCUUCACCUCGCUGCUGCCGCUGAGCAGGAACCAGGCAGUGACCGGACAGUACCAGAACUACCAGCAAGAGGUCCGAGAGGAGCUCAACAAGACCACGGGCUUCGUCACUGCCACGCCCACCUUUGCAGCUGUCCUGGCCCAUAUCGACGAGACUCGAUAUGAAGACAUGCCGAUUCUCAUGAUGUCAGGAAAACAGUUGGACGAGCGAGUGGGAUACGCCCGUGUGCUUUUUAAGGACAACGUCUUCUGCCUCCAGAACCAAAACAGCGUCCACUGCAAACCCAAACAAAUCAUCUUCUAUUUUGGACAUGGCAGCCUUAACUACCCUGCAAUCCUUGUGAGCAAAAACCUGUUCAAGCCAGACGUUGUUGACAGCGAAUGGAAGGAAGUAACUGAGCACAAGGAUAAAGAUGUUACAGUUUUAGGAUUGCCCAUUUCCGACUAUUACGUGCAAACACCAAUACUGGAAAAGGAAGCAUACACCGAGCUGAUUUCUCAUAUCUUUGCUGGGCGACGCAAUAGUUUUGUAAGUACAGAAAACCUCUUGGCCUCGUGGGAUUUCUGGUCCCCACUUUUAACAAGCAUCACGGACACAUUCCCACGCAUUUACCCAGGGGGCGCCGAUAACAAAGAUAUGCUUGACAUCUUUCUAAAAGGAAGAGACUUGAGCUAUGUCAAUGAAGUUGUUAUAAUCAGUCAAGAUCACAUGAGCGGGCAAAAUCCCAACAAUUUCCAAGUUAUGCAGGGGAAAUUUCGAAACGACGAAAUGGUUUCAGGCUGGACAGAGGGGCUGAUUGAAAAGCUGGCGUCCGACAUUGAAGAAGCAGCGGAGAAGGCUAUCCUCGAAAGCGGCGUUUUCCACCUGGCGUUAUCGGGAGGAGCCUCUCCGUUGGCGCUCUUCCACAGACUGGUCCUGCACCACUUUGCGUUCCCGUGGGGGGGAACACACAUCUGGAUGGUGGACGAGCGCUGCGUGCCGCUAAACGACAUGGAAUCAAAUUUUCGCAGCCUCCACGACCACCUACUCCAACACGUAAAAAUCCCAUAUUAUAAUUUACACCCGAUGCCCGUGCAGCUAAACCAGCGUCUGUGCGUGGAAGACGACCGAGGGACUUGGCUCUAUCAAGAGGAGAUCAGGAAGUUUGUCAACGCCUCGAGCUUUCACUUUGUGUUGCUAGGCGUCGGAUUCGAUGGCCACACGGCGUCGCUAUUCCCAGGAGUCAAACCAGAAGAUCACGGGGAAAGUUUAGUCGUUUUUACAGAAAGCCCGAGCAAACCUCACCAGCGAAUGAGCUUAACCUUUAACGCCUUAAACCGAGCUCAGAAAGUGGCCAUUUUGAUGUUGGGGAAAUACAAACACGAAGCGGUGACGCAGUUGAGCAGAGUGAAAGGAGAGACAUCACAGUGGCCGGUCACAUGGGUGAAGCCAGACGGUGGCAGCCUGGUGUGGUACAUGGACUACGAGGCACUCCUAGGGUAA